UUAAUGGUUAUUAGUUUUUAUAAUAAUAUAUAUAAUAUCAGCUUCGACGAAACGUUUAUAUAACAUAUGUCAAUAUUAUCAAAGACUGCGAUCAGAGUUUUAUAAUGCUCAAUUUCAAGAAUUAAUAAAAAAAAAAAUAAUAAAAAAACUAUAUCCGUAUCUUGUUAUUGCAGACGCUGUCCACUACUAUUACUAUUUAUAUUAUUAUUAUUACUAUUGGUCUUAAUAUAAUAUAAAUUGAUUAGAAAAUACAAAUAUCAAGUCACUUUUAGAGGUAGAACUUAAAUCCACUCAACGUAUUUUAGCUACAAAUUAUCUACUGUUAAAGAUAUAUUUUUAAAAAAUGUCAUUUUCUAAUACGAACAUUAGUGAUUACGAAGAAUCAAUGACUGAAAGCGAUAACAAUUAUAACGAGGUAAAACCGGAGACCACAAAAAAACAAAAUAAAACAAAAAGAGAUGUGAAAUUGAAAAAAAAUAUGUGCAAAACAAAAGUUAAAAAAAAUAUUUCAUAUCUGGAUAGAAUUGGUCCUUUAAUUAAAGAUGUGAAAGUAAAUAAUGAACUUAUUAAUUCGAUCAUGGUGAAACAAAGUGAUGAAAUAGUAAACAUAAAAUUACCAUUUGAUAACGAAGUAUGUAGUGAUUACUGGACAAUAAAUCACUAUAAAAUAAAAAAUAUUCAAAAUCUUAUUGCUACAGACCGAUGGAAAGAAGCUGAGUGCAGUGUAAAAGUAUCGAUAACUGAUUUAGCAAAGGAUCAAGGGCUCGCAAACGAUUUAUCCAACAUCAUACAAACAAUAUUUACACGGUUCAUGUCUGAUCCAAACAAGAAAAUAGGAUGUAUUAAAAAAUCAAAAUCAUAAUAAAUCUGUUUGUAAUGACUGUUGAAAAUUAAAAUAAAAAACCAAUAUAUUAA